AUGAAUGUCCCAAAAAUACUUGAAAAUCUCAACGAUUUCCAUCAAAAUAACUAUGAAAGAAAAGAACUUAUUCACUUCACUGAAGACUUAAAGACUUUAAUUUCUGAGUCGACCAAGAAUCUUCACUACGUUGGUCCUGAGGUAAACCCAACAAACCAAAUGAUCAACAGGGUCAAUAAUUUGUUGCCGAAGCCGCCAAAUUUUCAAAAACUUAACCUUUUUAACCUUUUCGCCAAACAUGCGAGUUCAAAAAGGCUUCGUAUAAAUUUACCGACUACAUUAGUAAGAAUAGAGCAUAUGCCAAAGCUUUAUUUGAUUAACAGCAACAAUGAAGGCGUUCAUUCAACAGAAUCGUCAGCAGAGGAAUUUUUUAACUUGGUUUUUGCAGGUAAAGUCGAUUAUAGUAUGCCUACAUUUUGCAUUAAAAUUUCUGGUGAAGUUAUGUGUCUACUUGGGUGACUAUGAUUUACCACCCAUGGCUAUUUAUUUUUGAUAAUUAUUUUUAUAUUAGCUUUUUAGAAAAUAAUUUAUUUUUUAGGGAUAAUUAAUGUUUACCUGACUACUUUCAAAAGAAAUCGCUAUCAAAAAAUGGCAUUCCUCAGAUGAUCCAGCCUUAAUUCAGUACUUUAUCCAAAGCAAAGCAAAUCCAGCCACAAUUACAAGAAUUCUUUGGAGAAAAGGUGCAAAACUUAAAUAUUUCACUAUAACUAAUAAGAAAAGGGUUGGGAAAAAACUUGCAAAAAGCGCCACAAUGUCUUCGCCAAAUUUUGUAUUCAAAAGAGCUAACUUUCCCCAAUGUAACUUGCAAAGCCAUUAGAAAAAUUUUUAUCUUCAGGAAAACUAGCUUUCCUUAUUUUAUAUAAUAAUGGAUAUAGCAAUGAGAACUAGAUAUAUUAAAUUUUUUCACAAAUUUAAAUUUUUUAUUUAAUAAAGAAAUGAACCUAAGUGAAAAGUCUUAAUCAAUAUCAUGAAGAAGUAAGCCAAAUUUAAAUUCUCAUGACGGUAGACAUGCAACAGUUGUUUUAAACACUCCGCAAGCCUUCACUUAUAACCAACUGAAGCAGAAUUUAAAAUUUACAAAAAAAAAUAAAAGAUUAACUGUACCAUAUGAGCCUCAAGAAUUUCCAGCAAAACGUAGUCUGGACUGUGAUGAUAUUAAAAUUACGAAAACUCUGUCUAAUGAGUUUAAUUUUGAGGAAAAUUCACAUUCACCUAUGGUUGAUGACCACACAGAUAACCCAAUGGAUAAUUACUUAGUUGUUACUAAAGAUAUUGAUAGCUGCUAUGCAGCUGAAUCUUUCCAAAAAAUAGGAGAAAUAGAGCUUAUGGUCGAGCAUAUAAUAGAUUUUUUAAAUAGUGUUUUAUUUGACCAAUAUGGAGGGCUUAAAGGAAUUGUCCUUGAUUUUGUGAAGGAUAAAAACAAUAACUGGUUUUUAUUAGACUGUAAGGAACAUUUGGUAGAUUAUUCUAUUCAUAGCAAACCAAAAAUGAAGCUUGAUAUGCCCAAAAAUCACGACCAUGAGCAUUUACUCUCUCAUCUAUGAUCGAACAACCAACUUCUCUUAACGAGAUGGUAUAGUCUUGUUUUUACUCGCGUAAUUAUUUUUUUUAAAAAUUUUAUUAUAUUAUAGAUAGAGUGUGCAGCAUUAGAAUUGCUUAAAAAGGAAUGCUUCAAUAUCUCUACUACCAAUUAUUACCAAAAAUAACGACUUAGAUUUGAAGCAGAAUAUUUUAGAAGUUUCAUACUUUGCCUAUGAAAAUCAUCAUCAAGAAUUGAUCACUAUCCCAAUUUAAAAGCAUUACUUAAUCAAGAACGGAGGAGUUAGAAAGAGCAAAAACCGAUAUUAGUGAUAUUCCUAAUGAAGAAUCCAGACCUGUUUCUACUACUUCAAUGAACCCAAUCAGCGAAAAAGUUGAAGAGGUGCUAUCAUGCCCAUUCAAAAUCCGCACAAAAGCUCCCAAAAUCCCUCACGAACUGACCUCAGAACAAGAUAUUAUAGAAAGACUAAAUAAAGUAAACAUGAAAAUCGACCGACUUAAUGCACAAAAAUCCCCUAGAAGAAUAAGUCCUAUAAACAGAGAAGAAAGUAUUCAUGAAUAUUUAGAAAGCUUUAACCACACAAAAGCUCCUAUGACCCCAUCACUGGGGCAUUUUUCAUCAAAAAUGUUGCAAGACCAAUCUCCAGGUGACGAAAAACGAAUUGAUGACGGAAUCGAAAGAAAAUGCAUUGAGGGAGUCAUUGGGACUUAUGAUGAAAUGACUAUGAAUAUAAAAAUCGCAAAGGUAAGAGAACAAGAUAUCGUCAUAAAAUACGGCGGAGAACAGUUUUGGGGGAAAUUCAUCAUAAGUUUAUAUAACAAAAUUUUAUCGUGCGAUUUAUUAAACAAAUAUUUCAAGAAAUCGACCAUGGAAAGUUUUGAAGGGAUUGUGACUGGGAUGUUUAAAAUUAUUAAUGGGAGCUUGAAUUUAGAACUUAGGCGAAGACUUAGAGCGGCACAUUAUUUAAGGGGAAUUACGCUUGAAGAGUUUUACUGCUAUGCAGAUAUUUUUGAUGUGACUUUGACUGAGUUUGGGGUUGAUGACGAUGAUAAGCAAGGAAUUAUGUCACAAAUAAGGUCUAUGAAAACUUUAAUAUGCAAACAAGAAAUAGAGAACAGUAAAUAA